AUGUCGAAGGACGAUAUGACCGAGCUGGACCAUUCCCUGCAAAUAGAAAGUGUGUCAUCAGCUCCCUCGCAGACCACAAGCGCGCGUGAAAUACUCAAAGCCGGUCAACGACGCCUGUGGCAGCUGGCGCAGCGUCAAUGGAAAGCAACGGACCCCAAUACCAAGGUUGAGGAGGCAUCACGUUACCUGCAUGCUCUGCAGGAAGAGGUAUUCCUUCCCUUGUCAGAACCCAAAAAACCUGGCCCCAAGAUGAAUUCCGAGCCGGCGAAGUUUGGAUCAAGGGCUACCACAAAUUUCAACUUCAAAUCAAGCUCUCGGCGAGAUGUGGAACAAAUUGGACAACCGUGGCUGGAGAAUCCUCUCGAGAUCUCAGAUACACAUGAUUCCCUGGGCGGCGAGCUGUCAGCACUUGAUCUAGGUCAACUGACAUCUCUUGUCGAGGCUGUAGUCGCUUCACCCCCAAGGUUUAACGAUGCCAACUCGCCUCCUGACCAGUCAUUGGUGAACACAAGCAAUGGCCAACAGGCUGGAACUUCAGAAUCUCGUCAACACACUGGCGCAAGGCGUGAGCUUGCUCCAUCUUUUGAGCCCAAUGGACGACAAUGCGAUGAACAAGUCGGCUCGGCACCUACAAACCCUGAACAAGAAAACAAAGGGAACAGAGAUCAAAUACCCGCCGUGUUGGUCCCGGGCAAAAGGAGCUCUUCAAGUGACAAAACAAAGCAUAAAAAGAGCCAAGCAUCAGAUGCGUUAGCAACCAAAGACAAUCCUGUGCAGCCGCGAGAGAAGUCCACAUCAUCAAAACCGGCUGCGCCGCGAGAUGGGCCAACUCCCAGUGUCCAAACGCUGAAACUUUUCCCGGAUACGUUGCCUCCACGAAUCUCAAGCAAAAGUGCAUUGCGGAUACCGAAUAGUCGAGUGCUGGGGAAGGAAGCGGGAAACUCCGCAAUGGCUCCGGGUGCACAGCAAAAGCGUGGGCCUGUGACGACGAAGUCAAAGGCAGAAAAGUCAUACCUUAUGCCCAUGACUCUCCCGGAGCACCAACACGAGUCGGAAAAAUCAUCCGAUUCGUCGAGUUCGAAGUCCGGCAAGCCGUGUAGUGAGCCCGCCAGGAGUCCAAUAUAUCCGAAUUUUCCUCUGCCGAACAAUAGCCGUCGGCCUGCUUCACUGCCAAUGGGGACCAUAGACUCGUUCCCUCUCCCAGCGCCAAAGAGACCCCUUCCUUCCCUACCAGAGCCGAUCUCAGCCUUGAACACUGCCCGUCAUCAGAGCAUCCCCGCCAGCCAUAAAAUGCACCGAGAUAGCGAUAAUCCUUUGGAGACUGUCCCAGCGACCAAAGCCUGUUCCACGAACAAGACUGGAAAGUGUCUUUCGGCCAAUAAUCAGGCUGCGUUACCGAGACUGAGGUUCGAUGAGAAGGAUUUGCGCACGUAUCAACAGGACGACUCCAAGGAAGAGACAAUCCCAAUGCCGUAUGGAGAGGAGUCAUUCGUGAAAGCAGGGCAGAGUCGAGAGGAGCGGGUGCGUGCGCUCAGACAGAGAGACAUGGUGGCAAAUCGGGUCUAUAUCAAAGGCCCAGAGACACCUCAUACCGAGAAGAAAAACCAAACGAUUGAUUCACCUGGCUCUCCGAGGAGCCUUGGGCGUGGGCCCUAUUCGAGCGACAGCAACGAGACUUCGAGUCAACCGUGGGGAGGAGAUCGAAGAGAUGCGAGCUCGUCCAUUCCUGCAUCUCCCCCGCGCUUGCCGCUGCCUGCACAGCUCGGCAGAGAGAUGUCUUUCGACAGGCGACACUGCAGCUCGCCCACAGAUUUCAUUAAAGUGUUGGGGGAGAGAAGAGAGCCAUCGUCUCUUCCCGUCUCCAAACGGAGUUCCCUGUUAGAUUGCAGCAAUAGUACGCGAAGCACGGGGGUCCUUUAUGAAAUGGCAGCCGGUACUUCGAAUAUCUCCAAGCGAGCCGAAUCUCCCUUGCCUUCUUCCGAUGACGAAUGCAUGGGCAAUAACGCACCUGCGAGCGAGUUGCGCCAGGCAAUUAGCAAAAAUUUUCGCAGGAGAGCGCAACACACGUUUGAAGAUCUCAGCUUAAACAGAUCAAGGAACUCGAAGACACCAACAAUCCCAAGCCAUGUUGAGCCCUUGACGCCACGAAGACAGAGUAGCCGGGGCUUCGAGAACUUCUCCCCUCAGUCGCACAACUCUCGUAGUUCAUACUCUUCUCACGGUCUUCCGGGGCAGUCGAACAACGCCGUACAUGCUCUAAACUCUCUGGAGGGGCGUAUUGCGCAACUCGAGCACCAAAACAAGAUACUCCAGGCGGCUUUGUUCGCGGCUCUGGACGCAGGUGUGAAGCACAACCUGGAGGGUGUCCCCGGUGGAUUGACGACCUCUGGUUCCGCCGCAGCGAGCUCUUCAGGUGCUGAGAGGUCUUCACUAUCGUCCACGGAUCGGUCUACCAGGGGGCACCGGCGGACCAGAAGUGCAAGGCAUUCGCGCAUGAAGAAGACUGUUCGCCGCCCAGAGAGCUGGAUUGACAGUCCCGGGUCCAGCAAUCAGAGCGACUAUCAAAGUGACGAUAGCCUCGGCGUCAGGGAUCUUGAGGAUAUGAUCGAAGAUCUCGAAGUUAAUUGGAUGACGGAAGAGCCAAAAACUAGAAGGAUGUAG